AUGGGAGAACCGCUUCGGAAUGUGGAUCCACUCAGGACCCUCAGGGAAUUAUUUGCACCCAUCACAACCAACACUCCAUCCUGCAUAAUGUUGCCUGCUACUAAUGCUACUCAUUUUGAUUUGAAGCCGAAUGUAAUUCAAAUCCUUCCUACUUUCAAUGGUUUAGAGAAUGAAGAUCCUUAUGUGCAUGUGAAGGAAUUUUUGGAGAGGUGCAAUACUUUCGAGUUUCAAAAUUUCUCAGAUGAGUCAUUGCGUCUCAGGCUAUUUCCUUUUUCCCUACAUGGUAAGGCAAAAGCUUGGUUACAUUCCAACCUGCCUGAGUCCAUCACCUCCUGGGAAAUUCUGCUGACCAAGUUCUACAACAAAUUCUUCCCAAUCUCAAGGAUUAAUGAAUUUCGUCGAAAGAUCAGCACUUUCUGUCAGGAGGAAGACGAGAAAUUCUGUGAUAGCUGGGAGAGGUUUAAAGAGCUGACUAUGAAGUGUCCGCCCCAUGGCUUUGAGACUUGGAGGCUCAUUCAAUUUUUCUACAAUGGGUUAACUCAACCGGAGCGUUACAUGAUUGAGUCCAUGAAUGGUGGCGGUUUCUUGAAUCUUACAGGGGAAGAAGCUUAUAAGACUCUAGAUGAAUUGUCUGAUAAUUCACAACGAUGGGAUUUUUCAAGUCGUCGGGGUAAAUGUUCCACUACCACCAAGAAUGAAGGACUCUAUGAGGUGAAGGACAAUGAAGAUAUCAAGGGGAAACUCAAGGAUCUCAUGCGUACAGUUGAAGCCCUUGCUCUGAACAAGCCAGUAACUACAGCAAAUAUUUACCAAGCUGAGGUCAAUGCCUUCAAUGAUUAUAGGAAACCAACAAGUGGACCUUUAGCUGAGACUUACAAUCCAGGAUGGCGGAACCAUCCCAAUUUUUCUUGGAAGCAAAAUCAACCCCAAAAUCAAGGAAGAACCUCGAAUCAAGCUCAUACUCAAUAUUCUUCUAGAUUCCCUUCACAGGCUCAGAAUCAAUUCCAGUCAUCUCACCAAGCUCAACCGGCACCACAGUUAUCAUUGGAAGAAACACUCCAAGCAUUCAUACAGACAAGUAACCAAAAUAUACAACAGCAUAGCCAAAAUAUACAAGAGCUUCAGAAGGUCACCAUGAACAACAAUCAGAUUAUGCAAGAGCUUAAGAACGUCACCUUGAGCAAUAGUCAGACUAUACAAGAACUUAAGAAUGAGUUCAUGGAUUCAAAGCAAUUCACGCAUUAA